CCUGCCUACGAGGAUGGUUUCUGGUUGUUGCGAUGCCAAGCUCUGAACAAAGAUUGUAGUGUGUCUGACGCUGGUUUGCAGUUAUACGGGCGGCUGUAUGCUCGCUCCGAGGUGCCCUGAGGCGGUUGCAUUACACUAUUUCCGUCCGAUAGUUUCGGCAGCAUGCAGACGGACGUCAAGACGUUCACGUUCGCACAGACCCGCGUCUUGGUGCAGGAGGAGCUCGGCGCGUCGGCUACUGCGACUGCGGACCUCGAUCUCGGCUGCUACGUCUGGCCGUGUGCCAUUGCGCUGGCGACGUUCCUCUCGCAGCAGCCGCAGCUUGUUGCAUCAAAGGCGGUCGUCGAGCUUGGAGCUGGCACUGCCUUGCCCGGGCUCUUGGCUGCCAAGCUCGGCGCCGCGUCGGUGCGACUCACAGACAAGUGCAUAGCCGACUUGGUGCCGGCGGCGCGCUCCAUCGCCCUCAACCAGCUCGACCCGGCGCGCAUCCACACGGCUACGCUCGCAUGGGGGUGGCCAAUCUCUCGCGACUGGACCUGCGAUGUCGUCCUUGCCGCCGACUGCUUUUACGAGCCCGAUGACUUUGAAGACGCCGUGGCCACGAUCGCUCGCCUGCUCGCGCUCAAUCCCACGUGCAAAGCGUACGUGGCGUACCAGCUCCGAAGCGUGCAGCACACGCUGCAACCCUACUUGGCGCGUUGGCGUCUCCAGGCAACACAGCUCGCAACCGCAACGCCCGAGCUAGAAAACGUCUAUUUGAUUCGCAUCUCGAGUGCUACCGCAGGCGCUUGAGCCGCGCGGCCGGCGGCGAGACCAAGAGUGCGGGCUCGGCCUUGCGCUUGGCAGGCUGCGGCGGGGCAGCCACA